CGUGAGCUGUGGAACCCGUGUGCCACCUCCAAGCGAUGCUGUCCCUGCACAGCUCCGCGUGUGCCGGUCCCUCUAGCGCCGGGGCUCUCGGCCCGGCCUUCCCUCCCCUUUAAACAGCGGCGAAAUGCCGGGCGUUAAUUUCGGUCAGGAAACAUCAUUUUCCCAAGAGAACCGCUUUCUUCCCGGGUGAAGAGGCACGAGAGGAGCUGCGCCCGCUGCCGCUGCGGGCACGGGGACAGUGACAGAGCCCAGGGGCCCAGCCAGCCCUGGCAUCCAAGAUGUCCUUGAAGGUGCAGACCAGCAACAUCACCAACAAGAAUGACCCCAAGUCCAUCAACUCGCGGGUGUUCAUCGGCAACCUGAACACGGCGGUGGUGAAGAAGUCGGAUGUGGAGACCAUCUUCUCCAAGUACGGCCGCGUGGUCGGCUGCUCCGUGCACAAGGGCUACGCCUUCGUGCAGUACACAUCAACAUGGCCGGGGAGCCCAAACCCAACAGACCCAAAGGGCUGAAGAGAGCAGCCUCUGCCUUGUACAGUGGCUACGACUUCGACUAUGACUAUUACAGAGACGACUUCUACGACAGGCCCGUCAAGCUGUUCGCCAGGUCGGCCAUCGCCAACAGCUCGGCCAAGAUCAAGUUGAAGAGCAGCGAGCUGCAGACAAUCAAAACGGAGCUGACACAGAUCAAAUCCAACAUCGACGCUCUCCUGGGCCGGCUGGAGCAGAUUGCUGAGGAGCAGAAGCUCUCUGCAGAGGCCCGCAAGAAGGUGGAGAGCAGCAAGAGCGAGGUGUCCCAGGAGGACACGGCCUCCGAGGCCGAGGCCACCGCGGAGGAGCCGCUCAACGGGGACGAGGGCGAGGAGGAAGGGCUGGCACGGGAGGAGUGUGAAGAUGAACUGGAGAACAGCCAUUACACAGACGUGGAGGAUGCCAGGCUACAGUAACCAGCUGUGAGCAACAGAGUGAGGAAAGCACGAGGCUGAACCCUGUCCUGGCACGUUGAGCAAGGCAAGCUGAAUGGAAGUGCUGCUGUCAUCUCUACCUGGCAUUCAAAGGAGAAACAUGGCCCGACAUCUUCCAUCCAUCUGUAAAGCAAAGGCAAAGAAAACUCAUCCUCCCAGCAGAUCCCCACCACCCCUGCCAUGGAUUUGGAGCUCUGCAGGCAGCAGAGGAGCUCUGCACAGCCCAGAGCCACCACAGAGAGCAGGAGUGUCCCCAGGCAGUGUUGUAGAGCUGCUUGCAGGAGGGCAGAGACAGCUCAGCCCAGCCCAAUAAAGACAUUUUCCUGUGUGAGGUGAGAGCCAGAGCAUUUCCUAACUGAGGGAAGAGCAGUGUCUCAGUCUGGACAGUUUGUGUUCUUGUGCUGAAGGUGCUGUUGAUCAGAGGCUGUGGUGGGAGCUGUCCUCCAGCUCAGCCACCUCCUGCCACUCUCUGUGCCCCCUGAGCUGCUGUGUGUCCACAGUCACCUCCCGGUGCAAAGGAGUCGCUGCUGGGGCAGCUGCUGUGCUCUGGGGAGCUGCUUGAGGAGGGAAGGGGAGAGGAAGCUGCAGGAAAUCAAGUGAUCCCAAGCAGGAGAGAGCAAGCAAACACCACCCUGAGUGCUUUGGUGUCCUCAUUCUCCACCGUGUCAGGGCUGAGCAACCCUCUGCAGAGUGAGGGGCGGGGAUGAGACCCUUUCCUUGGACCAGCUGCUCCUGGAAGGGAUGUGGAGCACCCACCUCCUACAGCCUGGAGCCAGUGACCCUCCCUGGCUGCCCACACCUCCUCCUGCGGCAGUCAGGGCACAUCAGGAGCGUGCUGUGACCCCUCUGCUCCUGCCUGAGCUCCAUAGUGACAGCGUGCCCGAGGCUGGGUCAGGGAAUGAAUGCCCUGGGCACUGUGGCUGUGCCUGUGCAGCACCUCCCCUGCUCCCAGCUCCCAGCUGCUGCUGUGCCCUGCCCCGUGCUGGGAGCAGAGGGCUCCUCCUGGGACCCCAGAGGCCUCAGCCAUUCUCUCCUCCUUUGUCCUUCCUGAGCUCCCGUUUUUCUUUCCUCUUUGUCCUUCCUGGGCUCCUCCCGUUUUCCCGGGGGCUGAACCUCACACAGCACUUUACCCCUCUCACCUGGUGUGUCCUGCCUGCCCCUUCCCCUCCAGAUCCCCCACACACAGCAGUGCUUGGAACCCAGAGCAGAGUCCACACCUUCCCCCUGGCCAGUCACAACACCUGGGGGGUCCUGAGUGCUCCAACCUCAUCCACAGCAUCUCUUGGAAGGGUGAAGGGGAAGCAGCUCCAGGGGUGACACUGCCCUGCCCCCGGGGCCAUCCUGGAGCACGCAUGGCUCUUGAAGCACAAAGUUUUCUUUGCAUUUCUUAGUUUGGGCUGCUUGAGGAGGGGUUGGAGGGAGCCCCGUGCUUGCCCUGCCCUGGCCCAGUUCCUGUGCAAGGUCUGCACUGAGUUGUCCUGAGCUGUUCUCCAGGCCUGGAGAGAUGAGCUGCAGGUUUGGCUGUGAACUGACUGUGCUGCUGCUGUUUGGGAGAGGUGACCUUGUACAUACAAUCCUGUAUAAUAAAAGAAAGAAAUCUAA